AUAUCACGUGUCAAACCGGGAUAACACUAUAAACCGAUUUGACAAACUUGAUAAAAGCUAAAGCUUUUAGUCUGCUGGCGUAUGGGCUUAAUCACCAUUUUAGUUUCCAUUAAUGAUGGUGGAAGAGAAAGAAGAAGAAAAAAAGUAACAAUAGAUAAAGUAAACAUGUGGGUUUUCCUUAUCUUGCAAUCAGUUUAUGGAUAUAGGGCACAGCCCACAGUUUGGUUCGUUAAUCAAAAGUCUCCUUCCUUGAGAGAGAAGUAAAGAUAUGAUUCUAUAUCCAAAACCAUUGGUCUAAAAGCAUCAUCAUGCCAGUCAGUAGUAGGGUUAGAAGUUAGAACCACCUUUUCUUUAUUUAUUAAUCUUUUCUUUCCCAUAGCAAAAAUGAUGGAUCUAGUGGCUAAAUCAUGUUCUUGUCGACAUGCAGAUUGUUGCUCUACUUCUUUCCACGGCGGGAGCAGUAUUGUCAUUCAAGAACUUCAGUAACUCCUUCAAUAACCAUCAUCAAAGAAUCGGUUUAUCCCUGUAUGGCAUCAUUUGGCUACAAGCAGUUGUAGGGUUCAUAAGGCCUCCAAGGUAAGCCAUCAUGCACCCAAAAAUCCCAUUAUCACUGUGUUAAUUGGGACCCUUCUAGGAAAGUAAAGAAAGGCUGGCACUUCAUGAUAUAGGGUGGUUGGACAUUGCACAUUUGCCUUCAAUGUAAGAUAAUGAUAUAGUUUAUCAUAUCUUAACUGCUAAUUGCCCCCCAUCAAAACAACUAGGGUUAGAAAAUUAGGUUGUUUGCAAAAAUUGUAGAACAAACUAAACCGUACAGUUUGGUCCGGAUCAUAAACCAUUGAAAAUGGUUUGAUCAGGUUAGGUCUAUGAUCAACAUCAUGUAUUCAUUUUUUGGUUUGGUCUUAGACCACGAUUUACCAGACCAAACCAUGGACCCAUCCCACUUUCCAAUUCGUGUUAGCAGCUCACUCGACAACUCUCCCAACUCCUCAACGAGACCCAUGUCUCACACCUAAUUUUGUGUAUCUUGUCCCCUCGCCUUCGUUCACAAAAUCACACUCCGCCACCAAGUAGAGAUAUUUGUGUCUCCAUAUAAUAUAAUGUCAAUGUUUGUGACUAUAGAUGGUGCAAGUUGGAUUGCUCUACGACUUUUGUAUUUUUUUUUAAUUGGAUUUAUGGUAUCAAAAUUAUGCAUGCGUGUUAGAAUUUAUGUUUCAAGCGGGAAAAAAACAAAAUUAUUUCUUGGUCAUUGGUUCGAUAAUUCGUGUGGUUGACUAAACAAGCUGUUCAUUUUUUUUCUCUCUCAAUGUGAUAUGCAUGGUCCAGACGACAUAAAUGUGAUCUGGUCUGAACCGUGUACUAUUUGAUCUGGUCUUUGAUCUAUACUUCAACUUCUCGAUCUGGAUCAUAACCCGCAUGUGUGAUUCGGUCUGGACCAGAUCAAACGGUUUCCCUUACCCUAAAAAUAGGGGGGAGAGAGAGAGAGAAUAUAAAGAGAGUAAUCCUUUACUUUUCCACUAUACAUGCAGGGGGUCGAAGAGAAGGAGCUUGUGGUUUUUGGUCCACUGGAUGAUUGGAACCACAGUCUGCCUGCUUGGCAUCAUCAAUGUCUACACAGGACUAGUAGCAUACCAUGAGAAGACAUCAAGAAGCAUAACAAAAUGGAUUGCAGCUCUCACAGUUGAAGUCUGCCUGCUGGCUCUCUUGUAUCUUUUCCAGGACAAAUGGGCUUAUAUCAGAAAGCAAGGAGUCAUUCUGGGAAACGACCCUGCAGUCAGGUCCAUUGACAGAGUGGUGGUUUUCCCACAAGACAACAACAAGCACAAGGAGCCCCGGUCGAUUUCCUUGGUACAAGAAUCGUUGUAACGUUUGUUUUUUUUUUACUUUGUUUUGUGAUGAUACAAAAAUUCUUUCUUUAAUUCCCUAUUGGAGGUGGAUAUAACGUGUGGUCAAUAUCCAAGUCCAAUAUGGAGUUGUCUUCCCAACUUUUGUACUCCAAUUUCAAUAAAUUCUAAGAUUAUUUUUUUUUUCUUAAAUAUCAUAAAAGUAUAGGAAGAUACGAUAUAAUGCAAUGGACCUUAUUUACAGGGUCAGUCAAAAAACAGAAGAAUGAAAGGGACACUGGUUGACUAGAAGUCGAUCGAACGAUAAGAAGAUUUUUUUUUUUUUUUUUUUGCCAAGAUAUGAGCAGUUUUUCCUUGCUAUACCUAGGUUGAACUAUGAUAGCUAAGGGGAUAAACUGAACUGAUUUGUAGUCCAAAUAGUUAGUGAUUUUGGACAAGAUGAGUGUUUCUAAAAAUGGGCACCCUUCACUUCAAAAAUCAGAACAAUUAGUUGUGUGUAGAAUGUUAUUAGGAUAGGUGAUAAAGGGAGGGGCUAGUAUGCUAACAUUUUCUUUGUUAGUAUGGUGCUAAAACUUGUUUCGGCCAUUAAGAAUAUUUUAUUUUGAGUGAUUUUGUUUAGAAGUUUGACUGACUUUUCAAUUUAAAUGAGUUGAUUACAACUAAUGAGAGGGGAAAGGUGUGAAGGGGCACAUUUGGCAUUAUGAAAAAAUUGAGAGAGGAAGAGAAGACCAACGUAUUAAAGCAUUAAAAAUUGGGAAGGGAUGGGGGACCACAACCUCGCUACACAACAAAUUUAAAAAAAGCAUACAACGAGUUUCUUGAAGCACACCACAAGUUCUAUGAAGCAGACCACAAGUCUCUCAUAAAAUACAUCACAAGUUUUUUUAUAGUUGAUCUAUUUGUCAAUUUUAAAAAGUUCAACUAUCAAAAUGUAAGGAAAAAAAAUUGUAGGUACUAAAAUGUAAAAUUUUAUCAAUAUUUGAGGACUUAUGUGUAAAAAAGUAAUUUUGAGUACUAUAUAUUGAAAUCUAUUAAUUUCGGGUAUCAAUAAUUGUCCAUGAUGAAAACAAAUUGUACUUAGCAGCAGGCACAGGCAGAUUAGUUGGGCUUAAUUGAUGCGGUGGAAGUAUUAAGAGACGUCUUAAACAUUGGGCCUGUUAGGACGGGCCUUUCUCUAGGACGUCUUGUUAUGCGUGAUGCGCCAGAGAGGCUCCACAAAAAGUCCACAUAGAGCAAGCACCAGGAGAAUUUGGGCUGAGUAUUGGACCUAAUAGGGUGGGCAACGGGACGGGACCGGGUACCCGUUUCCAUUUGGAGAUCAAACUACAUUUCAUAUCCCAAAUUCGUACGGGUUAAUGGGUACCCAUUAUCCGUACAGUACGGAUAACGAGUAUCCGCGGGUAACCCAUAUUUGCGAUUGUUGUGCUAACAAUUAGUACAAGGAAGAAAAAGGAGAAAUGGGAGAUUGCUUGGUAGCCAAGUCAUAUGGUAGGACAUUGAUAAGAUACACGAGAUGAAAUAUUAUAAUUUAUUCUCGUAAUUAAUCAAUUUCUACAACCCUGACAAUCAACUGAUCCUAGUUUGAUUAUGUGUUUCCAGAACUGCAACGUACACAACUUAUAGUUAUGUAACUUUUGUUAACAUUUUGUGUUGGUCGCCGACUCCUACUUCUCGCCGGAAUUUUCAACCUUUUAUAAAUAUAACAUCAUCUUAUUAAGACUGAAAAUUACAAACAAUAAAAAGUAGGAGAAAGUUCCUGGAAGGCUCUCUAAAAAAAAAUAGAAAACAUUAAGCCAACAGUAGCUACAUCAUGCUAGGUUGAUGUUCGUUGUUAAAAGCUAAGGGAUCAAGUGCGACUUGAGCCAAAGCAGCUACUCAGCAGUCCCCCUAACUUAUGAUGAGAUUUCCAAUUAUGUACGCCUCACCUCCUUUCAUUAAUCCUUAAAGUUCAAUUAGUGGAAUUACUUAGCUAUCAUCUAAAUAAACGGACAAUUUUAGUGGUUGGACGGGUAGUACGGGUAACUAUUAUAGAACUUAUUGAUCUCAAGUCUCAUCCCGUAAAAAAAAUUACGAGUAUUUGAGUAUCCGUAAUCCUCAAAAAACGGGACGGGUAUGGGUAUACCCAAACCUGUUUCCCGUUGCCCACUCCCAAAUUAACGGGUUCCAAACUUCCAAUUGAACAUGCACUUGUGGGUUGCAGAGGAGCAAGAAGGAAGAAACGAGAAAGGUUGUUAGCUUAAUUAUAAGUAGAGAUGGCAAUGAGUAGGGUCGGGUGCGGGUUAACAUUAUACCAACUCCUAACCCGUCGGGUAGAGCCUCCUAAAAUACCCGACCAAAUAACCACCGGGUAUGAAAAUGAUAUAACUAUACCCUACCCACCGGGUAUGAAAAUGAUAUAACCAUACCCUACCCACCGGGUAACCACGGGUAUUCGGGUAACCAUGGUACGAAUCCUAAAAUAUGAACUUAUGCACAUAUAUGCACAUACACACUAUUGUCCAUUAAAAAUUAUCAAUACUUGUAACUAUUAUAGCUUCAACAAUCCACACAAAUAAAAACAGCAAACACAUAAUAAUUGCUCUUACUUCUACAAUCCACACAAACAAAAACACAAUACGUCAUAUUUGUUCUAGCUUCAACAAUCCACAUAUAAAAAAAACAUCAAAGACAAUAUUAGAACCAGACCACAUCAAAUGUUCACUGCUAAACUUAUGCUUCAUGGCAUCUAUCAAGGCAUCAUUAGUAGAACAAUUAUCCAAGGUAGUCGUAGAUACCUUUGUGUCAGUAUCCCAAGCAAGUAGUGUGAGCAAGCACCUCACUUGUGUGUGGGCAAGGAAAAUCGACUGCUGGGUAUGGUUAGGACUAGGGAAAUUGACCAUUUGGUUAGCGGGGCGGGUAUUAUCGAUUACCAUACCCGUAUCCUACCCUUUAUUUUGAAACCGUGUAUCACCCUUACCCGCCCAUUAACCUGUCAAAGCGGAUAAUUACCCUCACUAACCGGUUACGAUCAGGUCGGUUACCCAUGAUUACGGGUUGGAUUAACAUCCUUAAUUAUAUAUGACAAUAAUUGUAGAAAGAAAAGAAAGGGAUCCUAAACCG